GAAAAGUGCGCCCUACGUAAGGACGGUCGACUUCGGCGGGGCCCAGGUGAGAAAGGCCCACCUGUGUCCUGGUUGAGGGUCUCCAGGGUUCUUUGGGGCCCGAGGAUUCCUGAAAUUGUGGAUCACCCACCUAUGCUUUAAGACAUGCUUUAUUUUUUUUUUUUUCUGGAAGCCCUGCAACUUCCCUAAAAAUUGAAUGAAUUAUAGAACAGACCUAUGGCCAAUGGUGGCAGAGUCUACAUAGAACUAUGCUUCGUGGUGUUCUGGGGAAAACCUUUCGACUUGUUGGCUAUACUAUUCAAUAUGGCUGUAUAGCUCAUUGUGCUUUUGAAUACGUUGGUGGUGUUGUCAUGUGUUCUGGACCAUCAAUGGAGCCUACAAUUCAAAAUUCAGAUAUUGUCUUUGCAGAAAAUCUUAGUCGGCAUUUUUAUGGUAUCCAAAGAGGUGACAUUGUGAUUGCAAAAAGCCCAAGUGAUCCAAAAUCAAAUAUUUGUAAAAGAGUAAUUGGUUUGGAAGGAGACAAAAUCCUCACCACUAGUCCAUCAGAUUUCUUUAAAAGUCAUAGUUAUGUGCCAGUGGGUCAUGUUUGGUUAGAAGGUGACAAUCUACAGAAUUCUACAGAUUCCAGGUGCUAUGGACCUAUUCCAUAUGGACUAAUAAGAGGACGAAUCUUCUUUAAGAUUUGGCCUCUGAGUGAUUUUGGAUUUUUACGUGCCAGCCCUAAUGGCCACAGAUUUUCUGAUGAUUAGUAAGCAUUUAUUCUUUUGACUUGAUUAUUGUCUCCUUUUCAUGUGAAUUUAUUACUCCCGUUGAAACCAUGUACUUACCAAUAAACUAUUUGCUAUUCA